UGGAGCAAGGUGACGUUGCAGGAGCAAGGAGCAAGGUCCACCAGUGAUCUACUGUGUUCUACUCGAUAAUCUUGUCUUUAAAAUAUCAUUUUAAUGCAGUUAAAUUUUUCAUUAUUUUUAAGAUUAAGAUUUUUUUUUAAUAUAAAUAGAGAAAUUGGAAAUACUGCCUGAAGGAAACCUUCAUGUGAAAAAAAUCUUUGUUCUUCAAUUUCUGCUACAAGAGUAAGGAAAAAACUUUGCUAGAGGAUUUGGUUUUAACCACACUUCUGGAGAAGUGCACAAGCUCCAAGCACAGUUUUGGUUUUUUUUUCAUAGUGUACUUAGUGCACUUUAUAAUGUCUCCAGGAAGAAAAAGGAGUAACAAACAGGAAAACAAAAGAAAGAGCAAGAAAGGAAAAAGUGAAGACAUGUCUGCCAAUUUAAAGUACCUUUCCUUGGGCAUCCUGGUUUUUCAGACCACAAGUUUAGUGUUGACCAUGCGCUAUUCCCGGACACUGAAAGAAGAAGGACCUCGUUACUUGUCCUCUACUGCAGUAGUUAUUGCUGAACUUCUGAAGAUUUUGGCCUGUGUUCUAUUAGUCUACAAAGACAGCAAAUGCAAUUUACGGACUCUGAACAGAGUGCUACAUGAUGAAAUCCUUAACAAACCCAUGGAAACUCUUAAACUUGCUAUUCCUUCAGGAAUUUACACUCUUCAGAACAACUUGCUAUAUGUAGCAUUGUCAAACCUAGAUGCAGCCACAUACCAGGUUACAUAUCAACUGAAAAUUCUCACCACAGCAUUGUUUUCUGUGUCCAUGUUGAGCAAGAAACUGGGUGUAUACCAGUGGCUGUCACUAGUAAUAUUGAUGACAGGAGUGGCAUUUGUACAGUGGCCUUCAGACUCUCAAGCAACACCUGCUAAGGAGCACUCAGCAGGAUCGCAGUUUGUAGGCCUGGUUGCAGUUCUCAUAGCGUGUUUUUCCAGUGGAUUUGCUGGGGUUUAUUUUGAGAAAAUUUUAAAGGAAACUAAACAGUCUGUGUGGAUCAGGAACAUUCAGCUUGGAUUUUUUGGUAGCAUAUUUGGACUGAUGGGUGUUUACAUUUAUGAUGGAGAACAGCUGUCAAAGAAUGGAUUUUUUCAAGGAUACAAUAAACUUACUUGGGUGGUGGUGAUUCUACAGGCACUUGGAGGGCUGGUGAUUGCUGCUGUUAUAAAAUAUGCAGACAACAUUUUAAAGGGAUUUGCAACUUCUCUCUCUAUUAUACUGUCAACAUUGAUCUCCUAUUUCUGGCUGCAAGAUUUUGUCCCUACAAGUGUCUUCUUCCUCGGAGCCAUCCUUGUAAUAGCAGCUACUUUUCUAUACGGUUAUGAUCCCAAACCUGCAGGAAAUCCUAUUAAGGCAUAGCAGACUUCCUCAUCAACCUGCUCCUCGAGAUCAUGCACUGGGGGCCUUGCUGGCACUGGCAUGUGGGAGGUGUCACUGUGCACUGCAAGGGAAGGAUGGCUGCCCUGAAUGUAUUGAAGAAAUGCUGAUGAGUAGUUCUGAACAGCCAGAGGGGUUACAGGUGGAGGGUGAUGCUGUCUGUGACUGAUGGGGGCGGGAAAUGUCAGGGGAAUGCCCAGUGCAACUUGCUAAUAAAAACUUGAAAGGAACCAAAAGUUUCCAAGAAACUACAAUUAGGAAUGUUUACAGCUUUGACUGAGAUUGCAUCAAAAGAAUUACUCUAUUGACUGCUGCAGAAAUAUGUCCUAUGCACUCUUUGAAAGAGCACACGACAACAUUGUCAGAUUGUAUGUUUUUGCGAUUCGAUUCUAUUUAAUCUUAGUAAAUAUGUUUUUAACUGUUUGUCUAUUUACGUGAAAUGAGCUGAACGUCAUAGUUCUAAAGUGAUGGUUCUAAUUAGGUACUCCUUAUUAAAACUGUGAAAAUUGAAGUAUGAUUGGAAGACAUUUUCACAAUAUCAAAUACUUUUAUUUUUUUAGAAGGCUGAUUUAAGAGCAGAAAUAUGUUAUUAAAUUAUAUUAUAGUUCUGUUGCUUCUAUAAAACUAUUGUAAAAAUGUUAACAUUCUCACUGAAGUACAAAGGGAGGAAUACUCCAGCCUUCAUCAGCCUGUGGUGUUGGAGCAGAUGGAGUAACUCUGGGAACACCAGCCGGAGGUUACCACGCUAACCUGGGAGCAGGAGUAGGGUUAUGAUGGGUGCUUGCUCAGAUGUAAUGUUCUUUCUUGUUGUUUUAUUGAUUAUAAAUCAGCUUUUUGGUAGAACCUUAAAAGUAGUUUUUGUGCUUUAAAUAGCCUCUGAAGUUUUUUUAAGACCAUGAUUUAAAAAAGCAAGGAGCCCAUAAUAAGCAUUUUAAAGGCAUUAUCAUUGUCUGUAACAGCUCUAUCUGGAGUUAUUAUGGUUUGGCAUCUAAAUACUGUACUGUACUUUAUUACGGAGGUGUUUUUUAAACAAGUGUUGUUUACUCAUGAACUCUUCCAGGUUUUUUCUGUAUAUUUCUAUGUAAUGGCUUAAUUAGAGUUUUGGUGGGGUUUUUUUAAAUUAUUAUUAUUUUGUUCUGGGAGUCCUUGAACCAACAGACCAAAAUGGGUUCUCUGAAUCUAUUUGUUCUAGUGGUGGAAUUACUUUAAUAGGAAAUAUAAUUAAAAAGCAAUUAAUUGUGCAAUAGGUAAAUAUAAUGCAUGCUGUAAUUCUGUCUCAAACAACAACAAGAAGAAAACUUCGCAAAGAAACCUUGCUGCAGUUAGAUCAGUUAUACUGUUAUGAACACUUCACUUGAAGUAUUUGCAUAUAGUCAGAAACACUAAAAAAUCUGGAACUAAUAAACAAAAAAGCUGUCUAAAAAUCA